AUGGCUACCAACCGUGUAUAUGAUGGGGAGCGUGAGUUCAACUUCGAAGCCGACGUAUGUUGCCUCCUGGCCACUGAGGACUCUGCCCAUGCCUUAGUGCGUGAUGAUGCAGCGUUCCAGUGCACCCAGCAUGCUAAGGAAGCGCAAAGGGCGAGGGCAAAUAGGGUUCGCAAGCGGGCUCAAGAACUUGCUCCCGGGUCUCUGGUUAAAUUCAAGUCUUCCCCGGAUCGUCCGAAGUUGGAUGAUAAAUGGAAAGGCCCUGCUACUAUACGGUCGCAGGAUGGCCCGGUAACGUACACUAUCUCGUUCCAGGGCAAAGGAGUCAGUCGCCACUGA